UCAUCCAUCACUGUUGAUUAAAAAUUCUUAAUCACUACUACACACAAUAAAAUCACUACUAUAGGCCAAAACCACUACUAAUAGAAGCAGUAAUAGAUUUAGUAAAAAAAAGUUUGUUCGUAAGUGGCGAACACAAACGGGAGAGAGCAAAGAUAUUUUAGAUAUUAAUUAAUUAAUUAAUUAUCUUUUAAUUAUUUUGAAAUUGAAAAAAGAAAAUCCCCAGCAGUCAACAGAGGCAUUUCCUGUGCAUCAAGAUUGCUUUCACUGCACAUCCAGACUCACAAAUACUGUUUCAACUCGGAUGGGGCUCCAGUGCGGGGAGGUGCAGGGGAACCCUGAUUGGUUCCUGCCGAGAUUAGGCGGCAACAGUGGCCUCUAUAUCCUAAUCUCGACAAUCCUCUCCGAUGGAGAUCCAGAUUCCAAUCUCCCCGCUAAUCGCAAGGGUCUACAAUAUGGAGAAGACCACCGUGAUGCAAGUCAAGUCCGCUCGCUAUCUCUUUGUCCAAGAAGACGAUCUAAAGCUACAGAUCCGUAUCGGUUGAGGAAUCCUUUGUCUUAUAGAAACCGGAAAGAGUACUCUCAAGGCGACCGUGAUACUGAUCAAAGAAGGAUGGACAGAGGUUGCAGGUGGAAGGGUCAUGUUGUCCUGUUCGUUGCCCGAUGAGUUCCAUCUGUUCAUAGGUACUCCAUGCUUUCAACUUCCUUGAGUGGAAAUACCUUUUGCUAAUCUUUUCGGUAGGUUUUUCCUUCUCUUUUAAUUAUUUGAAUGGUGGUCCACGAGUUAUUGCACCUUGAGUAGAAUUAGAAUACACUCUUACUAUUUGUUAACCUUUUUCAUGUAUUGUACUUGAAUGGUGACCCAUGAAUUAUUACACCGUGGCAGAACAGGUGUUGCCUUUGCAAUUACUACUGUUUUGAAUAUAUGUAUAGAGAUUUCACUUUGAUUCUUCUAUGUUUGCAGUUGGGGUGCUUUGAACGAUAGGGGAGAUGGUUACAUUUUGUGGGGGAAGGAACAAUUAGUACUAGGAAGUGUUAGUGUAUCUAAUGAGCCUCUUUUGUACAAGGAAGGUAGUUAAGUUUUGGGGCGAAGGAACAAAAAGAUCUAUGUAAAGUUAGUGUCUGUAAUGGUGUUGGUUUUGUAUUUUUAUGAUGUCAAAUAUAAUGUUGAUUGCCUUGGUGCACAUCUCUCUCUCCCAUGUUACUUAUCUUUUGUUUGAUUUUCAGCUUUUACAAAUACAUGAGGCGCACAUUUGAGUAGCUUGAGUAUUGACUUUUUCAAGUGUUGUAGAAUGUAGGCAAGGUUUCUAUCCGAUUAUAGGUCACAACGAUUUUAGAAUGUAGGCAAGAAAAGAGGAGUAACCAGUUGAUGGUUGUUGUUUAUUUUAACAAGAAAUUGCAGGUGGAAAUCACUGCUUUAAUUUGAAAUUUGACAUGUUCCAUUUUGUUGCCUAUUGUAGAUGUUUGUAGAUAGUCAUUUAAAUAUCAGAACAGUCUGACCCUAACAACAUCAAAUUUAAGGAUGUUUUUUACCGAGAGAACGUUCAUUCAUUACCAAAAGAAGCGGUUUCAAAAGUCUCAGGAAACAACAAGGAGGGGGGGAAAUGAGAUUUAGGAUAACAAUCCAGUCCUGAGGGAGCUCAUCCCACGCAAGCGUUCGUGCCACCCAAUCCGCUCGCGCAUUGGACUUCCUUGGAAAAAAGAAACAUUGAUUAGAGGGUUCUUGAGAAGGAUGCCAGCCAUAAUCCCCAACCAUGCAGCGAUUCUCCAAGGCUAAGACUCUGGCGGAGCUGAAAGGGCCAGAACCAAGGGAAGACAGUCGGGCCGGAUCCAGCAUUGAACCGCUCGGUUGCACGCCAACAAGAGAGCUUCCAAAUUUAAGGAUUGUAUGAUGUUUUUUCCUACGUUGAACAUGGCCAUAAAUGAGGAACCAAGUACAACCCAUGUUCUAAAUAUGCAGCAAGAGCAAACUUUAGUUUAAUUGUGUGGUACAACCUGGCCCAUUGACGAUGUUAAAAAUGAAUGAACAAUAACAAACUGCGAUUACAUGAUUAAAGUGGUCUGAAAUGAAACAUUUGUGUUUUCUCAAUUUGCUUCAAGUCCCGACGCGGAGCGCGGGCAAUGAAAACUAGUACCAAAU